UUACAAACACAGUCAUAUUUCUUUUACUUAGCUAAAAUAUGCUAAUGCGUGAACAAAACAGUACGAUACCGAGUGUUCAAAACAUAGUGAAGUCCGUACUAGAAAAGAUCGAACGAAAUUGAUAGUAUUCACUUCUAUUAACAUAUUUCAUAUACCGAUCGCUAGCGGAAUACCUUCAAAUAUAUAUCUGUAGAAGUACAGAUCUGUAAAAUUAAAGUGCAACAGUUUAACUGGCUUCCCUGCUUAUCAAUGAGAACGACAACAAAUAACAAAUCAGGCUCAAUUUAUUUCAUUCAAAGCUAAUCGCCUUAAAAAAAAUCUUUACAUAUUAAUUCAUUCUUUUUUAUUAUGUUGUAGAAGCAGAAAACUAAGUCAGUGCAAAUAAUUUUUAAAACAAUUCAAUCUAGUCAUUAAACAUGGAUGCCGAUAGCUGCGAAAUUGUUUACGGAACCCAUGAUGAAACCACGGUGAUGUCGGAAAAGGUCAACCUCCGACCAGGCAGGUCACCUGGCGGAGCCAGCAAACAACUUGUUUUUAUUUAGUUCGCACUCUGGUCCGCUGGUUGUCCACUUCGUCUGCUGCUGGAAGAAAUCGGUUCAAACACUCGCUGGAUCCAUCUAUCAAGAAUUUGAGCGCAUGAUUCAACGUUACGAUGAAGAUGUUGUCAAAACUUUAAUGCCGUUGCUAGUUAACGUAUUAGAAUGCUUAGAUGCAGCUUACCAAACUAAUCAAGAACAAGAUGUAGAAUUGGAGUUACUUCGAGAGGACAACGAACAACUAGUAACACAAUAUGAAAGGGAAAAAAAUGCAAGAAAGCAGUCAGAACAAAAGCUGCUGGAAACCGAAGAUUUGGCCGAACAAGAAAACAAAGAACUAGCAUCUCGCCUGGAGUCAAUAGAAAGUAUAGUUCGUAUGCUUGAAUUAAAGCAUAAAAAUAGUACAGAUCAUGCAGCACGUUUGGAAGAACGAGAAAAUGAGCUUAAAAAGGAGUAUAGUAAGCUACACGAACGGUAUACAGAAUUAUUUAAAACACAUGUAGACUACAUGGAACGCGCCAAAAUUAUGAUGGGCAAUUCUACUCAUUCUCAAAUCAGUGGGAAUACUGAUCAGUUUGAACUUCAUAAAUCCAGGUUACUUGCGACAGCUAGAUCAUCGGGCCCAGUUUCAUAUGGGUUUACUUCACUUGAAAAUUCGGCGAUACUAGAUUCCGACGCUAUUUGCAGUGAAGGUAGCAGCUCUGAAUCUGGACCACCAUCCCUUCACAAUGAGCUAAGUUUACCAAACCCUAUUGAAAAGAUCAUUGAUGAAGAUAGUAAGCAACAAGCUAACAUUUCAAAGAAUGAUGAAAAUAAAAAAAGGCCUUCUGGUUUAGUAGUUGGAAAAACAACAACUAAAAAAGAACAAAGAUCAGGAAAUACACUUUACCAAGAAGUCUCUUUUCAAGAUGAAAAUGCAGAUAAUGAUGAUACUGAAAUAACAGGAGCGUGGGUGCAUCCUGGCGAUUAUGCUUCUUCAGUCAAUGACAACUUUUUUGGCAUGGGUAAAGAAGUAGAAAACCUCAUUAUGGAGAAUAAUGAACUGUUGGCAACAAAAAAUGCUUUGAACAUUGUUAAAGAUGAUUUGAUAGUAAAGGUUGAUGAGCUCACUGGAGAAAUUGAAAUUUUGCGCGAGGAACUAAAUGCAGUUAUUUUGUCAAGGAAUAAAUUAAAAUCGAAAGUAUGUGAGCUGGAGGAUGAAUUGAAGAAAACAAAAAUAAAAGUGAAACAAUGUACAGUAGAUCAAGAAGAAGAAGGAGAUAUCCCCAUGGCUCAGAGAAAACGGUUUACAAGAGUUGAAAUGGCUAGGGUUCUCAUGGAAAGAAAUCAGUAUAAAGAACGGUUCAUGGAGCUCCAAGAUGCUGUUCGAUGGACUGAGAUGAUGCGUGCAUCCAGAGUGGAAAACCUCGAUAAAAAAUCUAAGCAAAGUAUCUGGAAAUUUUUUAGUAACCUUUUUAGUGCUAACGAUAGACCACCUUCUGAAACAUCUGGAAGACCAAAUCGAUAUUCAGCUAAUUUCAAUUCGAAUCAUCAAGGAUUGCAAGAAGGAAGAGUUUUACCAAGUUCUUCUAAUUUUAACUCACUGAAACAAUCGAACAUGCUGAUUUUAGAUAAGGACAUAGACAAUGUCAACGUAGAGCGGGUUCCUUACAGAAGAAGAGAUCAAUACCGCCAAGUGAGAGCUCACGUUCAAAAAGAUGAUGGCAGGCUUCAAGCUUAUGGUUGGAGUCUGCCUUCAACCAAACCAUUGAUUAACAGUAGCUUGUCCAAAGUUAAUAACUGUGUUCCAGUCCCAGUCCCCGUUUACUGCAGACCACUGGCUGAGGCGAGCCCACACAUGAAAGUUUGGUGUGCUAGUGGAGUUAAUUUACAUGGCGGUUUUACUAGAGAUGGGGGAAGUAUGGUUGGAAAAAGUAUUUUUUAUUCAAGCAAAUUUGAUACAAAAAUAACUGAGGUCAUAGAUCGAGAGCGUGACAAUAACUCAGUUGACAACCCGUUGGCAUCAUUUGAAAAAUAUGUACAGAGCGAUCAUGAACUGAGUUCUUUCAUUUGGAUAUGUACAAGCACACAUACAGCUAGUACUAUUACAGUAAUUGAUGCAAAGAAUCCUGCAGAAGUUUUAGAGUCAUUUCCAGUGUGCCAGAAUCAUCUGCUCUGUAUUUGUACGGUACCAGGAGCAUUGGAAAAAGAUUACGCAAUUUUAGAAAAUAGUGAAGUUUCAAAAGCAGGUGAAACUUUAGAAAACCCAGGUAAUUUACCAGAUGACAUUGGUAAAGUUACUUACGUAAGAAUGAAACGUGAAGAUACAGAGACGAUUGUUAAAAAUGUUGCUGAAGAAUCAUUAGCUUCUGCUGAUAACAGUAACAGUAAUCUUACAAAAGAAAUAUCCGAAAAAAGUAACAUAAAUGAUACCGAUGAUUACAGUGGAACAGAUGGAACCUUGAAUGAAAAUGAACCUUUGCAUAAUUUAGCACCAAUUAUAUCUUCUAUCGGUCCAACAAUGUGGAUGGGUGCUCAGAAUGGAAUGUUGUAUAUUCAUAGUUCUAUUACUAGAUGGAACGUGUGUCUGCACAGAGUGCGAUUGUCUGACUCCGUUCUAUCAAUUGUUCAUGUAGAAUCAAGAGUUGUAGUGGCACUUGCUAAUGGAUCAAUAAUUGUAUUUAGAAGACAGUUAAAUGGAGAGUGGGACACCAAUAAUUAUCAUGUGUUAACGCUUGGAUCUCCUAAACACUCGAUCAGAUGUCUAACGAUUGUGGGAGAUAAAGUUUGGGCUGCUCAUCGAAAUCUUAUUCAUGUUGUUGAUCCAAUUUCGCUUACGAUUAUACUUUCAUUUGAAGCGCAUCCACGGAAAGAAAGUCAAAUAAGGCAAAUGACUGCUACGGGAUUAGGAGUGUGGAUAUCCAUAAGACUUGACUCUACACUUCGUCUUUUUUCAUCUGAUAAUUAUAACCACAUACAAGACAUUGAUAUUGAGCCAUACGUUUCCAAAAUGCUAGGCACUGGAAAACUAGGAUUCUCUUUUGUGCGAAUAACUGCAUUGCUAGUUUCUUGUAAUCGUCUCUGGAUAGGUACCGGCAAUGGAGUUGUUAUUUCAGUGCCAUUAAAUGACUCAAGUGGAUCAGCUACUAAUCAACUUCCACGCUGUUGUAUGGCAAAUGCACAGUUAUCAUUCCAUGGACAUAGAGACGCAGUGAAAUUCUUUGUGGCGGUUCCAAUGAAUACUGAAAAUUCUACACAAUAUGCAUGUAGGAAAGAUACUCUUGUUUUAUCUGGAGGAGAAGGUUACAUUGACUUUCGCCUUGGUGAUGGUGAGUUAGAAAACAGCGUGGAUAUCGAUAAGGAUUCUUCUGUGACAAAUGAAAAGGAGAAAAGCUUUAUAAUAGUCUGGCAUGUCGAUAAUUCAUAACAUCCUAAGGCUGAAUUGAAAAAUAAUGAAAUAAACUUAUAAACUUGUAUGAAAGUA